AUGAUUUUGAAAUAUGUCUGCGGACUGGCUUCGCUCACCAUUGAACUGUACAUAUUUUGCUACGGAUUCAACUACAUAGAAGACGGGAGAUCUACGGUGAAUUUCGGGUUGUAUAGCUGUGAUUGGACGGACAAGGAUUUAAAAUUUAAAAAGACUGUAUUGCUGGCCAUGUCCAUGAAUUCUGCUAACAAGCAAGUGAUGAAAUUGUCACCAAAUUCCAUCGUAAAUCUAGCAAUGUUCUCCAGGGUAUAA